CAGCGCCCUCAGCGUUCUAAUUUAGACAGGAGGGCAAAGAUGGCCACCAGCAAGUUUCGGUUCCACUUCCAUUUCAUUCCGUCAUUGAUAUAAAAAAGAAAAUUGGGGACAAUUUCUCAUUCUCAAAGGUUGCAGCUGAACGCGUUUUUCCCCCAGAUUUGUCUUUUGCUUACUACAAGAUUAGCUGCCCCAUUUGGCAACACAGCCCCCUUCUCAUGCUAAUAGGCAGCAGGGGCCUGUGAGAUAUCCUGCCCAUCAUGUCGGUGUACCAUGAACGUCAGAAGUGGGAGUUGUGCGCCUUACACGCCCUCAAUAACGUGUUUCAGGACAGCCAGGCCUUCAGCAAGCAAGUCCUGGAUGAGUUGUGUCAAAAUCUCUCCCCCGGUACGGUCUUGAAUCCGCACAAGAGCAUGCUGGGAUUGGGCAAUUACGACGUCAACGUCAUCAUGGCCGCUCUGCAGCACAAGGACUGCGAGGCUGUGUGGUGGGAUAAACGAAGGUGUCUGGAGGCGCUCCGAUUGGAAGUUCUGAUCGGCUUCAUCGUCAACAUUCCCUCACCCAUGCAGCUGGGCUUCGUCAGCGUUCCCCUCCGCCGCAAACACUGGAUCGCCGUCCGGCAGAUCGAGGGCACCUACUACAACCUGGACUCCAAACUGAGCAAGCCCGCCAAGAUCGGGGACUCCUCAAAGCUACGGGGUUUCCUCGAGGCGGAGCUGAGACGCAAAGGAUGCGAGCUGUUGCUCGUGGUGACCAAGGAGGUAGCGGAGGCCAAAACGUGGCUGCGCGACGAGGCCAGUUAGUGGUACGACGCAGUGGGAUGUUCCAGCCCAAGCAUCUCCAAAAAGUACUCGGAAGUCGGAGAGUACUGAAAAAUCAACCUUCAUCCUUUCUUUUCUGUUUUCUAGUGAUGCAGAUGUUUAUAUUUUGUGUCAGUAAGUUGUGGAGAACUUAGCUGGAAAACGUGGCUGCGAGUUGAGGCUAGUUGGUGGUACGACGCAGUGGGAUGCGUCUGUCCCAGCACCUCUGAAACACGCUAGGAGAGUCCCGGAAAAAAACAACAUUCGGUUUUUUUUUUCUGUUUACUUGUGAUGCAGAUGUUUAUCUUUGAUGUCAGUAUAUAGUUGUGGAGAACUUUGCUGAGAAACGUGACUGCGUGUCGAGGCUAGAUGUUGAUACGUCCCAAUGGGAUGUGUUAGUCCCGGCAUCUCCGAAACACGCUAGGAGAGUCCUGAAAAACCAACAUUCGUCCCUACUUUUCUGUUCACUUGUGAUGCAGAUGUUUAUCUUUGAUGUCAGUAUAUAGUUGUGGAAUGUUUUGCUGAAAAACGUGGCUGCGUGACGAGGCUAGUUGUUGAUACAUCACAACGGAAUGUGUUAGUCUCGGAAAAUGUGCGGAGAUCCUAAAAAAAAUUUAAAAAAAGGUAUCCAUUCUGUAAAGGCACAUAGGAACAUUUGCAAUUUCCCGAAAGCGUACCUAACAACCAAACAGGGAAAUCAUUGCUCAAAGUGAAGAUAGGACUAGUACUAAAUACCCUGUGAAAUUAUUCUGCCUAAAAUGGUAUGGUUUUGAAGAAAACAAUCAUUAAGGUGGUUAGUAAGGAAAUCUGUCAUAGGGCACAGGUUUUUUUUUACUUGCGUUAGCAAUGGAAUCCAGUUUAUAGCCUAUGAGACCCUGCAAAUUGAGCAUAUAUGUUCUCUGUUUUCUCAAAAGGUAUAGUAUCCACUGAGCUGAAACUUCAACAAGUUGGUUGGUAUGCACCCUUCUUAAGAUUUUGAGCAAUUUUGUUGCUUCAAACGAAGAAGAAAAAUGCAGAAAAAGCAAAUGAUCCUAUGUGCCUUUAUUGCAAGUCAUUGUUGAGACUCUAAUCUUUUGUCGUACGUUGUGGAGAACUUUACCGAUACUGAUUUUGAUGCAACACAAGCGAAUAGGUUUCAACAUACAUGCAGAGAGUUAAGAGAAACCAAAUACAUAAACGUGUACAUGUACUUAACCAUUCUUUUCCAUUUUCCAGUUACAUGUUUGUGCACGUAGGUCACUGUAAAGUUUGAAUGUUUUUUGGCGGUAAGUUGUCUAGAACUUUU